AUGACAUCAAAUUUGACCGCUUUGGUGGAAAAUGUUAUUACAUGUCCAAUAUGUUUGAAACAUUUUGAUCAACCGCGCAUGCUUCCAUGCUCGCAUACUUUCUGUUUUCAAUGCAUUCAACAAAUGGUUACGGAUAAUCAUGGCGUAUUGGAGUGUCCAAAACGCGAUGGAGUAAAAGUCGAAGGAAACAAUAUUGGCGACUUGCCUCUGAACGAAAAUGUGCGUGAUCUUUUACAGCUUUUUGAAAAUCCAAAUUCGAACAUACCUCUGUGUGAUCGAUGUGGAACUAAUGAAGCUGAACAUUGGUGUGAUAGUGAUUGCAAGCAUUGCUUUUGCACUAAAUGUUGGGAUAGUAUCCAUGAAGUCGGUCAAUAUCAACAUCAUAAGAAACUAUCGGUGAAAGAUAAACCACUUGAAGUACCUAGAUGUGGCGAGCAUAAUGAUGAAGAUCAAACUCUGAAAUACUGGUGUGAACUUUGUUCUAAAGAAAUGUGUGGUAAUUGUCAGCAAUUCAAACACAAAGAUCAUAAGUUUGUAUUGGUGACUGAGUAUGUCAAGUCUCUGGGAGAAAAGACAGAAAAUGGUUUGCAAGGAGUUCAAUCGUGUGUUAACUAUCGAUCGGAUCGAGUGGAUAAAAUGCUCACUGAGAUUGAAGAAGAAAGUCGAGUUAAUCAAUCGGAAGUAACUACGGCCAUAGGAUCUCUACGUCAACUAAUCGAUGAACGAGAAAGGGUUUUACUGGAAAGUGUUCGAAAUACUGAAAAAGAUGAGAAAAAAAAAGUCGAAGAUUACAAACGCAAACUUCAGGGUGAACAACAGAAUCUGAUUGAGCAAAUAUUGAAAUUCGUAGUGGUAUGUCAUGAUAAGAACCCGAAAAAAUUAUUGGAUGCCAAGAAACCAUUUGAAGAUUACAUAAAAGCGACAGAUACGAAGUUAUUGGAGCUGAAACCACUGACUAGGGCUAAAAAGGGUUUACCAGGUCUUAAGGCAUUGAAGGACAUGGAAACUCAAAUUCGAAACAUCACUUUGGAAGCUCUGAAAUACGAUAAUGAAAAAUUACGGCAGCUUAUUGCUAACACUGUUGACAAAUCGACGCUGAAUUUGUCAAGUUCAGAGUUGAAAGAUCGGGAUAUGGAAAUUGUGGCCAAGGAAUUAGAAAUCAACAGAUCACUCACUAAGCUGCGCCUGUUUACGAAUCAAAUCAGUGACAUUGGAGCACAACAUCUAGCUGAUGCACUUCGAAUGAAUACUACACUCACGGAUCUAGAACUAUAUGGUAACCAAGUUGGAACUGAUGGAUUAGAACAUUUUGCGGACGCACUACGGACGAACAAAACACUGAACAUACUGACUAUGUAUGGAAAUAAAGUUAAAGACCAAGAAGCUGGAUUCAUUGCAGAUAAACUAAAAACAAAUGAAACAUUAACACGAUUGGACUUGUAUACGAAUCAGAUCGGAGACAGCGGGGCACAAUACUUGGGUGAAGCACUGAAAACUAAUAAAAGCUUGACUUUAUUACAACUUCAAACUAAUCAAAUUGGAGAUAGUGGGGCACAGUAUUUGGCUGAUGCGUUGAAAGCUAAUAAGGUAAGCUAAACAGAUAGCUAGUAUUCUUUCGAAUAGAACUGUCUCAAAUUGCAACGCUUUCAGAUCUCUACUCAAAACGGCAUGCACUAUCAUUUUUUAAUCCUAUUCUAAUUGUACCUGUGUGAAGUAUUAGCAUAGUCUGAACCUGAUACUCUAAAAGAUAGUUAUAAACACGGGGGUUAUCUUAAUCAUUCCUCGAGAGUGUAGCAUUAUCAAUUUAGGCUACUUGACUCUUAUACUUUUACUACCAGCUUCGCAUUAAUGUAGACACUAAACAUACUCUACNAUCAAAUUGGAGACACAGGGGCACAACAUUUGGGUAACGCGCUUAAAACAAAUCAAGUGAGUGUUUUCUUGCAACUCAUCCCUGUACUAGAGAUCAUUGAUAAUGAAUAGUUAGAUUCAAAUAAUAUAAAUGCUUUUCUCAUAUAGUCUUACAAUAAUAGAAUUCUCUAUGCCAAAGCUGGGCUCAUACAUCAUAGCUAUUAGAGUAACACUCUCAUGAUGUAAGACCAUAUAGGUUCCAUCAUCAAUGAAGCAUAUACGAACCGUAUCUUUUAAGAUAAAAUACGAAAAUGCAGUU